UCCGUCGGACCGAAGUUAUUGUUGACGUCAUGCAACCGAAGCAAGCGGCAAUGGGGAGAGAAGGAAGAUGGAAUGGCCAAGUUCGCCGACGUUUUGGCGGAUGAGUACUCUUCCGACAAGUGACGGCCUGCCUGGAAGCAAAAACAAGCAGCGUUGUGUGUGUGUGUGUGUGUGUGUGUCUGUGUGAGGGGGGUGGAGAGAGAGAUGUAGAGCGACACAAGAGGUGGAAAAAGCCGGGCAACCUGCUGUCACAUGGCCAAGAGAGCGGAGGGAGAGUGGAGUAGAUGUCGGGAUCCAACCUGGUCGGAAGUCACCAAGCAGCAACUGAGGAGACUGUCGAGAUCGCGACUGGCCUGCGGAAGCGACGAAAUAUCGCCCGACCAACUAUGCCACUCGUCCUCCGCCCAAUCCCGUCCUGCUGUCUCUCUGCGGGGAAUAAUCUGCCAAUCAGGCCAGAACUUACCACCUCUAGGAAGAAUUCGGCAGGAGCCACGAUCGUGAUCAUCUGAGUGCACGCUGCCGCGAACCUUGCUACCUACGGUAGUCGCGCAGGUGGGGGGGACCACGUGGUGGGCAGUGGCGUGUCUCCUCGAUAGCACUACGUUCUAAUCUCUGCGCCACAUCAGCCACGCCGCGGAUGGACUGUCAAACAUUCGCCGCUCUCCAUCGGCCGUCUCGUCAUUACCUAUUCCCGCCAUCCUCCGCGGGCGGGGAGGCCUCGUGCUCCACGUCAGCAUCUUCUUUUUCUGUGCCUCGCCCGCCAUCUAGGGUGACGUACUCAUAUGGUCUGCGCUUAGCGUCGCGUCAUGGAGGAAGGACACGUGGCAUCACUGUACCCAGCGUCCCUUCCAAUGGGCGAGUUACGAGGUCGGCGGUCGCGGCGAUUACUGCGGGCUUCCGCCGGCGGCCGAUCGCGGAACAAGGAAAACCAGAUAGCGGGGGAGCAGUAGGGCGGCGAUUGCCGCGAGCCUCCGCCCGCGACGGCGGAACGGCAGGGGCGCGCCGGCGAUGGGGUGGUAGUGGUUGUGAUGGUGCAAUGCCGGCGCCUGGGUGGAAGGCGACCACGGAGGGGAGCUGUCGCGAUCACGGCGCACGUGGUCGCAGGGCGCCGUCGUACGCGUGGCGGUUUCCGGCCCUCGGGGACCAAUGCCACGUCAGCAUCACGGUUGCCUGGCCAUCGAUCCUGCAAGAGGACAAAUCUCUACCUAGCCGGCGGUGGCGGCGCGCACUUGCUUCCGCUUGUGCGGCGGCUCUGCGCCGGCCCUCAUCGCCGCCGUCGCGGCCAUCCCAAUCCCACUCGUCAUCACUCUCAUGCUCGUCAUGUCUGAGCUGGACUAAUGGGAGAGCGAGUAGAGUUUCAUUAUUGCGACGGAGGCGAUAUGUCGACCCGUUCCCCGGAGGAGGCUACAAAGAGAGGUGGCGACGGCGAUUGGGCCAGGGCCAUCCCGACUCCGCCCAUCUCCUCGUUGCGCGGGCGCUGGGGGAAGGGGGCGGGGAAGGGUUGAUAGGGGUUGGAGAGGCAGAUAAGGGCCUCCCUUUCGGCAAGCGGGCGAGUAUUGAUUCCGACCGACUUCCGCGUGCGGUCAGAGAUGCGACGAUGAAGGCAGUGGAUGAGUUGGGGAGGAAGGUUACGGUUGGUGACGUGGCGUCACGUGCGGGACUCAAGCUCAGCGAGGCGGAGAUGGCGUUGCGCGCCUUAGGCACGGAUGCCAACGGCUAUCUUCAGGUCUCAGAGCAAGGAGAUGUGCUGUAUGGAUUUCCCUCCAAUUACCGGAACAUCUUGAAGGCGAAAUCGUUGUCCCUCAAGUUGGCCCCAGUGGUCGCGAAGUUGAAGGAAAUGGGAUCAUAUCUGGUGCGGGUGACUUUCGGGACGACUUUGCUAGCCUCCAUUGCGCUCGUGUAUACUACCAUCUUCGUCCUACUGUCCUCCAAGAGCGAUAGUGACAACAGGAGCAGUAAUCGGAAUGGAUUCCGCAGCAUGGAACGGAGGGGGCCUGUCCUGUAUGUCAAUCCCUUUGACGUUUUGUGGUACUGGGAUCCCUACUACUAUCAGAGACGUCGGAUGAGGAUGAGGGAAGCAGGUGGGUCGAUGAACUUUUUUGAGGCUGUCUUCUCCUUCGUCUUUGGAGAUGGAGAUCCCAAUGAAGGAUUAGAAGAGCGACGUUGGCGACAGGUAGGCGAGCUCAUUGCUUUGAAAGGCGGCGUCGUGACAGCGGAGGAACUGGCUCCGCUUCUUGACCCGCCUCCUGUUACGAGGGACAGGGACGGUAGCCUCCAGCGGGCCAGUGAUGAUGAAUCUUUCGUUUUGCCUGUGCUCAUGCGGUUGGAUGGCACGGCCGACGUAGACGAACAGGGCAAUCUACUGUACAGGUUUCCGGCUUUGCAACGUACAGCCAAGGAUGCAUGGGACUGGCCCCGCAUGAACGAGGACAGCGGAGGAUCAAGCGAUUAUUUUCAAGAAAAUCGAUGGGAAUUCAGUGGUGCUACCUCUCUUCAGCAGGCGUUGGCAAUAGGCCUGGGGGCGGUGAACCUCAUCGGCGUCGUCAUUCUUGCGAGCAUGCUAAGGAACCCUGCCACCAUCAUGCAAAUACGAGCAGGGGGCUCUCUGUCGGGGAGUUUUAUCCCGUUUGUAAGUCAGACUCUUCCAUUUCUACAGGCAUAUGCUGCUUCCUUUUUUGCGAUACCUGCAAUACGUUGGCUUCUGCUGAAGAAGCGUAAUGCGGAGAUUGACAAGAGGAACAACACAAGACUGGGUUGGGCUGUACACGUUGGACGACCCACUGCGCCGCUCCGUCGGAAGCUGCUAAAUGCGCGGCAGCAAGCACAGCGCAUCACAAUUGACAAAGAUCAAAUCAUAUACACAACAGAGAAGGAUAUUUUGGAACAAGAUCUGGAGGCCGUGGAGUGGGAGAGGAGGCUGAGGGAGCGGGAACAAGCCAAGGAGUAGGGUUGAGUUGAUGAGUCACGCGCCGUGUUUGUUCUUCUUCAACUUCUCAAAUGGAAGUCUGACUGCUGGUAUCCUCCUCUUUUUCAGCCCUUGUCCAACUUCACGUGAUCCAGCUUUCCGCAUUGGUCCUAUGUCCUUCCGAUUGAUUCAGCGACUGUUCCAGCUUCAGAGCUUCAGGUCCUGCUUCUCAAUAUCUAUAAGAUACAAUCCAAGCCAUCCAUCCGAGUCCUGUUUCUCGCCAACAGUCCAUUCUAACGACUUGGGAUUCAAAUCCUAGUCCUGUUUCUCAUGACCUUUCAGGUUAUGACAUGUUCUUUAUUACCACGAUGUGGACUGUCCUGUGAUGUGGAGAGAGAGAGAGAGAGAGAGAGAGAGAGAGAGAGAGAGAGAGAGAGAGAGGAGACAUUCUUUUUUAAAACGAAGCAAGGAUCAAUUAUCUUGCUCUCCUGGCUGUGGAACUGUCAACGGAAAAAAAAAAAAAGGAGACUGUCGAGAUUAAGUCUGGUGGGAAAUCGCCAGACAACAGCUGAGGACAUUUGUACCUUUUCAGAAAGUUUCGAUAACGCUGAGCGGCCAUAUUUUUUUUUUCUUUGCUGGCUUUGUAUAUGCGGACGUAGCCACUCUCAGGGAUGUAGUAAUAGACUCAUCAUGGAAAACAAAGGGGGAGGAUAUAGCAAUCAUUGUAAGGCCAGCGAUUUAUAAUGAUCGAGAUUUGAAAAGGCGUCGUAGGGUAAGAGUCUGUGACCAGGGGGGCAAGUCCCACUUGGCCGAAUUCUUCAUUUCCGGCCCUCACAUCUUCGUAAUGCUGAGGAUAUGGGUAAGUGAGACUUGGGGCCUCGCCGCACUACUCACCAAAUAUGGUGUUCGGUGAGGUAGUGGGGCUGCACUACCUCACCAAUUCCCAUUCGUCAGAAUGCAGUCAGAAUGUAGUCAGAAUGUAGUCCGAAUUCGUGCGGAUUUUAGUUGGUGAGGGCUCACCAUAAAUGCACGGAAUCCCAGCCUGCAAAUCGUUCAUUUGGUAGGAGCUUUUGGGCACGCACACACGAGUCUGGUGAGUUUUCCACUCGUCCAGACUCCAGACUGCUGGUCGGGACAGACCUCUUGUCCUUUUCCUUUGUCCUUAGCGAUUCUGUCGGGACACGAUUCCUCCCAAAAGCGAACUCUGGGUAAGGCUCCCAGCUUGACUAAAAAAAAAAAAAGAAGUUUGCCGAGGUGGUCUGGCGAGGCCUCGGUUUGGUGAGGUUUGGGGCAUCAUCGCCACACCACUCUCGAAAUGUGAAAAAGACAAAAAUGUGGAGGGUGCAUCUGGCCAUUAUCUAGCGGAAAGUUCAUUCUCAUUUUGCACAUUUCGAGAGUGGUGUGGCGAUGCCUUUUGAGUUCUCGCCGUGUUGGUGAGGUUUUGAGUCCUCGCUGUGUUUUGGUGAGCACUCAGCAAACAUUUUCAAGAUUGGUGAGUAGUGCGGCGAGGCCCUUGGCCCCACGAGAAUAUGGGUAAGUGAGACUUGGCCCCAGGCCACUGGGUUCGUUUGCAGUUAGUCGCAGCCAGACUUAGUCCGAAGCAGUACGUUUUUAUAUGGGGAUUUUACCGGGCAGUAGUUUGAGGGCAUAGUCACACUAGAACUUCUGUAAGGAUUUCUGGAUAAUUGCGGUCGGCGACAUCGAAGUAGGGCUCUGAUUACGGUGAUAUGUAUCCUAAGA